AUGAUUAUAUUAGAUACUGACGAUGAAAACCCAUGCAGCAAUAAUCCAUGUGUCCACGGGACUUGCACCAGCAGUGGUAGUGGUGGUUAUACCUGUUCUUGUCACACUGGUUAUUCUGGAACAAACUGUGAUCAAGACCCAUGCAGCCACACCCCGUGUGUGCAUGGAACGUGUUAUCCCAGUAGUACUGGCAGCUACACUUGUUCAUGCCAUGGAGGUUAUUCGGGAUAUAACUGUGACCAGAAAAAUCCUUGCGAUUCCCGACCUUGCAAACAUGGUGGUACAUGUACACCAACAAUACACGGAUACACAUGUGCAUGCCCUAGCAACUAUGGAGGAACAAAUUGUGACAACGCAUGUGAUCCUAAUCCAUGCGAAAAUGGCGGCACGUGUUCAGUUGAUGGCUGGGGGAAAGCUCAGUGCCAAUGUCCUAAAGGCUACACUGGUCCGAAAUGUGAAACGGAAAUCGACCCAUGUUAUUCUAACCCCUGCAAGCAUGGAGGAUCCUGCUUCCGUAACGUUUGGGAGAUUAAGUGCAUCUGUCCUCAUCCGUAUACGGGUGUUGUCUGUGAAACUGUGAUGACUCCAUGUGAUCCAAAUCCAUGUUUAAACGGUGGAUCCUGUUUUCACGAUUCAAACUGGAACAAAAUUUGCAUGUGCCCUAAUGGAUACACUGGAGAUGAAUGCGAAAUUGAGGAUCCAUGCAAUCAAAUUGUUUGUCAGAAUGGAGGCACCUGUACCGACGGAAUAUGUGAUUGUCCAACAGGAACUACCGGUCCAACGUGUGACGACAUAUGUGAUGGUGUAACUUGUGAUAACGGCGGAACAUGUGUCGGAGGAACAUGUGUCUGUCCUGGUGGUUUUACUGGAACUAUGUGUGAAGUUACUGUUCCUGACCCGUGUGAUGGUGUAACUUGUGAUAACGGCGGAACAUGUGUCGGAGGAAUAUGCGACUGUCCUGUUGGUUUUACUGGAACUAUGUGUGAAAAUCCAGUCGAUCCUUGUAAUCCAAACCCAUGUUUUAACGGCGGUGUCUGCCAGAAUAGUGGUCAAAACUUCAGUUGUAAUUGUCCAAAUCCUGGAGGAGAUCUUUUAUGUCUAGUCCCGUAAGAAUGAAAGACAAGUGUUUGAGCCGACUGAAGUAAUAUAUAAAGAUUUAAAAAAAGAAUAUUGUAUGAUGUAUAUAACAAAUAAAGAUUG